AUGCCUGCCAAAAAGCCAUCAAAAGCAAAACCAGAAGCAGGAAAAGAAGGCUCCAAACUACCGUCUCGCAGCAAGAGAGCAGCUCGAAACCACUCCGAAGACCGUGAGCAAACCAACGAGGUGAUUGCUGAACCACAUAACGGACAACACGACGACAACCAGGCGGCCGAAGAGCCGGAUCGUUACUCAAGAUCGGGCUCCAAGCAGCAACAAGAACAAGCAGAAACCGGAAGUGAGCCCGAACCUGAGCAAAGCUCUGACACCACAGACGAGACUGCAGUGCGCGCAGGACAAAAGCGCAAAGAGCCGCCGGACGAGGCUGCGAAAUCGAGACCUAAUGCAAAAGCACCACGACAGGGGACCCGCUCGUCGACAAGACACAGGGAUAAUCCCGCUUCGCCCGGACAGCUUCUAAAUUUCCUUCUGUCAGCUGCCGCGCUGCGAUACUGCUUCCCAGAAGACGAGUUGGCCGACGCGAAGAAAUCCAGGACAUAUAAAUCGUACUCCUUGACCUCGCCGACAAGUCUGGCGCCGUUUGAACACCUACUGUGCUCACAUAUGCUCUCCAAACCGCUUUCUCACAAGCUGGGCAUGAGAAGUAUCCGCACGCUGCUCAACGAGCCAUUCAGCUUAAACAGCGCCGAGGCAAUCACUUCCGUAGGGCAGAAACGUGUCUGGGAAGCACUAGAGGCGGCAAGGACGCAGCACCGGCAGAAGACAGCCACCUACAUUUUUGAGACGGCACAGUCGUAUAGUGACUCCGAGACGAUGUCCCAGCUUGCGGAUGCUGCGGACAAUGGAGGGCCUAAAGCUGUGACUGAACAUAUCAAGAGCACCGUAGCAGGGCUAGGUGUGGUAGGGGCCGGUAUAUUCUGUCGGAGAAUACAGUGCGUUGACGGAUGGGGUGAUGCACUGUGGCCAUACGCGGAUGGGAAGUCCAUCGACGCCAUGAAAGAGAUAGGUAUUCCUGUCGAGAAUGCUGGAGACCUGCAUACCGCGAUUGAGCGGGAUGUCGAUUGGGAUAUAGUCGGAGAUAUGGGUGUCCAUGGAGGGGGCUUGGGCAAGUCGGAGCGUGCUGGCGAGCAACAGACGAGAGGGCGAGCGAGGUUUGUGAUCGCUUUAGAAAGAGCCGUGGGUUGCGUGCUCGAGGGGAACGUCCGAGAAUUGAGGCAGGCAGCUGCAAAGGUUGAGGGACAAUGA